AGAGAGGUGAGUGAAAGUUAUUUUUGGAAAGGGGUAAAAAGGAUGUUAAAAAAUGGAGUAUUUAUAUGAGGUAAGCAUGAGGUAUCUGCAGAAUUCGGGAUGAUUUGUGGACCUGUUUCAAAAUUCGGUAUCUUAUCCCGAUUUCUCACUUCCCAAAUCGUUCCCAUAAAACACCGGAAUUCACAGUUCCAACCUCGCAUACACACCACCGCACCGAAGUACUUCUCUACGGUUGUCCGUGGCGGAGCUAGCUUCUCAAUCAUGGGAAGAGGCGGCGAUGAUGACUCAAAAGUUGUUCAGUUCCAGCUCACUCCUUCAACUUUGCUCAAGAUUCUUAAGGGUGACAUCACUAAGUGGUCCGUCGAUGGAUCCUCCGACGCCAUCGUAAAUCCUGCAAAUGAGCAAAUGCUUGGGGGUUAUGGAGCUGAUGGAGCAAUACAUAAAGCUGCUGGUCCUGAACUAAGAGAAGCAUGCUUUAAAGUCCCAGAAGUUAGUCCAACAAUUCGUUGCCCCACUGGUGAAGCCAGAAUUACACCAGGAUUUAAGUUACCGGCUUCUCAUGUGAUUCAUACUGUGGGACCCAUACAUUUUAGACACCCUGAUCCUAAAACUGCAUUGGAAAGUUCAUAUAGGAACUGCUUACGUGUUGCUAAAGAAAAUGACAUCCAGUAUAUUGCCUUUACUGCUAUAUCAUGUGGAGUCUAUGGGUAUCCGUUUGAUGAGGCUGCAAAUGUGGCUGUAUCUACCGUUAAAGAACACGGAGGUGGUCUCAAAGAGGUUCACUUUGUUUUGUUCUCAGAUGAAAUCUAUGAUGCUUGGUUGAAGGCAGCAGAUGAGCUUCUUCAGAACUGACAUUUUCAGUUGUUCUAACUUCUCUCUAGAACCACUUGGAUUGGGUUCUGGAUAUAUGAACUUGAAGAAGGGUUGUGUUAUCACUGUCAGACAUCAAGAAGAUAGGUUGAACUUCAUAUCAGUUUUAGUUUGAAGUUGCUUAUCAAAAACACUGUUUUCAUUCUUGUAUAUGAUUCCUAGUAUGGAUUCAUUUCUAAAGCUGUAUUGGAGGUCAUUUGGAGGUCGCCUUUUGUCUUGAUAAAAUGCCAUCAUAUGCUUGUAUUGUUAAGGGUUCAUUUAAUAAUGUUUCAUGCUUUUCUGUUUUAGGAUUUUUUUUUACCUCGAUGAAUGAAUAAAAAAAAUUAGGUCUACUUUUGUUAAUGGCCUUGCACUCCGUGAGAUUUAUCCAUGAAAGGCCUUGAUUAGGCAUUGUCUGGAGUCUUUUUUCGCAUCUUUAUUUAUCAAAUUUUAUUUGGGCC